AUGUGUUGGAAUGAUCUGGUUCGUGUCUCCCAAUUGAUACCCAAUUGCCGAUUGGAUCUGCCAAUGUUCCACACUCAAAAAGGGAGUGCCUUUGUUUCGCGCACACUAUCUUUACUCUACCCCAGGCGUGGAUAUCGGCAUUUUUCCACCCAUUCCGCCGAAUUUCGAAGGUCACUUGCAGAGCCAAAAUCGACCCACAAAGCUUCACAUCGGUAUGGGAAGCAAACUUCAUUCUCAGAUUUGGAGAAGAUGUUUGGAUUAAACGUUGAAUUGGAAAAUAAACUAAGUCUCCUCUUGCCAAAAAGGUCGGCAUCAUUUCUUGCGUGUCAUAGCUCGAUCGUAGAGCUGCUCUUGCCACUUGGCUCGUUCAUUGAAAAGCUUUUGAUGUCAUCUGGUGUUGAAUUUGUAAGCAAAUAUUCGGAUAUGAUUUCAUAUCUCGCUUCCUCACUGUUCAGAUCGCUACUUGUGUUAAAUAGAAUGGAGGAGGCCGACUCGUUGCUUCGGUUAUUAUCAAGUGCAAAGUUGACAACAGGAGACGCUGCGCAAAGCCUCCUUUAUUACUUUGUCUUUCGAGCAAAUAACACCCAAAACAACAGGAGUUCGUUUCCAUGUUCUAGUUUCUCAAUGUCAAAUACCAAAAGUAAUCUAACCUUGCAGCAGUCUUCUUCUCAAAUUCUACUUUUUCCCCACACCAAAGAAGACAUCGCAUGUGGAGAGAUCUUUUUGAAUCAUACGAUCCGUCUGUUGCGAUGGUACUGUAGAAAUAGUGGGGCGUCGCGUCCAUCGAUUUAUAUGGCCACCUUGGCCAUCCGCUGUUUGAAAGGCCCAUCCAAAAUGGGCAUCGCUCUGCUGCUUUACAAAAAUGCCAUUCUUUCACAUCCGAAUUACAAAUAUGAUCCCGACAGAGUUUCUAUCCUAUUGGACCAUUCCAUCGACAACCACUUUUACACUCUUGCGUUUCUUUUGCUGGAGGAAAUCAGCCAUUUUAAGCCAUCAGUUUCCGAAACUUCCAAUGGCGAAGCUCUAAAGGCUGCGAGUCCACCUUUCCUUGUUGAUAAAAAUUUGCUGCAAUGGAUGCUUUCCCAGCCAACCCCUCCAAAAUGUAGCAUUCUGCAGUCUGUCUGGGGUGACCUUCCUUUGGGCCAAAUUCCAAUGCUUCAAUUUCGAAGGCUGCUGCAAAAACUGAUCUCACUUGGUCGUGUGCAUAAAGCUUGCAAGGAAGCUGAGGAAAGAGAAUUUCUCGCUCUGCUUACAGUGCAACUCUUGCGACGAAUUUCCACAUUUUCGCCAUCGCUUCUUGCUCUCGAGGAUCCCCAAGAGCGUGACCGGUUCCGAAAAUUUGUUGUUGAUUUGCUCGAGGCUUCAGUUCUAUUGCGGUCUCCGGAGAUGACCGCCUGUUCCAUAUAUCGCCUAAAUCCAAAACUAUUGCUUCAAUAUGACGAUCAAGUACUUUUCGACUUUUGGCGAAGAGCUGCCUUGGCGUCGCAGACCUUUGAGCUUGCAUUAGAUGUGAUCCCUGCCCCUACUACAUUAAGCCACAUUAUUUCGGCGGCUGCAGCAGUGGUUGAGAAUAGGACUAGAGUAAUGGAGCUACUCAGCCAAAAGAAAGCCACGUUUAGCUGGUUUCAUUUGCUAUUUCUCCUUGCAUCCUCCCCGGUUACUUACAAUCUACCUGCGACUAUCCACCUCAAUGGAUCCUGUGCAAAUAGCAAGCCCACACAUAAUAAGUCCCUGUAUAUUGACUCAUCAUCGUCUGCCAAGGCUCCAGAGAUGAUGAUAUCAAAGUUACUCUCAGAAGCCAAGGAGCUGGGAUAUGUAACUGAUGCCCUGCAUUGGCAAAUUCGGCUUGCCUCUUGCACUGGCACUCCCACAAUGGUUUGGGAGCUUUUGGCAAAUCCAGAAGUGGCGGCCACUCUCCCCCCUUCCAUUGAAAGUAUUGAAGUGAUAAUCCCUGCUAUAUUUUCCACAGCAAAAUCCAGACCAGAUCUUUUUCUAGAAAAAACUCUCCAAUAUGUGAAUGACAUCCUAAAAGAGCAAAUAUUGGAAGCUCCAGGCCCCCUAUUUGCACUUGUACUUAAGACAGCACUUAUCAAAGAACUCACAGCCUUGGAGGAGUCACUUGUAGGUAUUUCGUCUUUUUUAGGCAGCUCCUCACACUUUGAAGACUCAUCAGCCUAUCUUACUGUCACCGAUCUUGCCAAGGCAUGUGUACGCGUUGCUGAUGCGCGGGAAAGAGUCAGUGCCUGGACCCAGCAUUUCUAA